UGGGAACGAGAAUCCAUGCUUAAAUGCGCCUUCAAAAGAGUGUAGAUUAGUACACGUGUCUUCUUUCUUGUCCUUCGUACAUCUAUCCGUUAACCCUAACCUCCUCUUUCUCUCUCUUCUCUCUCUCUUUCUCUCUCCUCUGCAACUUCUUCACCAUUGGAAGGAAGAGAAUUCAAAGAAAACACUCCGAAACGGUUCUACAUCCGUACUUUUGCAGCCAUUUCUGCUCCUAUAAUGGGGAAGCUACUCUGUGAUUCCACCACGGCUGUAGCCGAGUCGUUUCCGACCACCUCCCCGGUCGUUAAUUGGAGGGACCAGAACUCUUCCACUGUCAUAGAUGCCAAUGGAGCUCUAGAUCUUCUGGACCAGACCACCACCGUUGUAGCCACUGCCUGGGAUGAUGUUCUUGGCCUUGAGGACCAACAGAGGCGGCAGCUUCAGAGACUUCAUGCUAAAGGCGUUCUCUGGAAGCAUCCGGAGGAGAAUGGUGCUGAUUCCUCUUCUAUACCGUUGAGAUCUGUGGUUUUUCGUCUCUCUCAUGGUGGUGAGGUUUCUUCUGAUGGAAACUGCUUGUUUACGGCUUCUCAUAAAGCUAUGAACAUGGCGCGUGAGGUCGACGCUCGGGAGCUUCGACGGCGGACGGUGAGGCGAUUCUUGGAGGAUUUCGGAUCUGCGAGAUUGGAGGAGACUGAGGUGAUUAAUGACGCGAUUAGGCAUCUCUACUCCCCCGAUCUGAAGAAUGGAUGGGGAAUACAUGUGGUUCAGGAGGUUAAAUUCUUGGCCAAGAAAGAGGAUCGGCCGGCAUUGGACGGAGCUAUUGAUGAGCUCGUUCAACUCGGCAUGCAGAGAGAAACGGCGGCGGAGUCGAUUUACAAAGAAAGAUGCAUUCCGAUUAACGACGGUACGAGUUGGGCGAAAUACAUGUCAAUUUCCGGUUCCCUUGGGGAUGAAUACGAUAUUAUUACUCUGCAAUACACAGAAGACGGAUUGUUAUCUGUGGAUGAGAACAGAGAGGGCCACGCCGCAGCUUUUGGGGAUGACAUAGCAAUUGAAUGUCUUGCAACAGAGUUCAAGCGUGAGAUAUACGUUGUGCAAGCACACGGAUCCGAUGCAAUGGUUGAUGAAGAAAAUUGUGUUUUCUUUCUUCCACACCGACCCAGAAGCGAAAUUUGCGAAGUUCCUUUCUUUCUUUUCAUGAAAGGAACAGGUUGGUGCGGCGCCGGGGCUGACCAUUACGAGCCUCUCAUUGCUCACUGUUCUACGUUUGUUUCGCAGGAGAAAGUGGCAAUGGUACUUUAAGGUCUCAGUCCUGCAAUUUUGUGGCUUAGAUUUUGAUUAGAGAAUUAAUUUAGUAUGUCUUAAUUUAUUUUUGAGGCUAUUAUUAUUUAGGCUUGCAAUCAAGAUGGGAAGAAAUCAAAAUCUGGGUUGCAUUGCUUUCAAUUUUUUUUUUUUUUUUUUUUUUUUUUUUUUUUUGUGGGGGGUAGAGAAAGAAAUUGUGUUAGAAAUCAACCAGUACGUGUCUUGUCUGACUAACAUUUUGCAGGUUUGCGCCUGCAGUUGAGCAGCCAUUGUGAGUUUUUUCGGCCUUUUUCUUUCUUCAAAUUUUUUAAUUUUGUUGUUGUUGUUGUUGUUCAAGUCAUUUUAUUAAUGAGAAGAGAGUGCCUGUAUAGACACUGGCAGUAGAGUUGAUAAUUUUGGAGUCCAAAAUCCAGGAAAUUACUGCUUUUUGCUGUUGUAUCCUUAUCUUUUUGUUGGUAUUUUUAAUGCUAAAAAGCCAACUUUAUUCUUUCUCUCUUCUAUUUAUAGAGUUUGGUGAGAACAAUAGAAUUGGAUUUGGGUAGGGGGGGGGGGCAUAGGCACUGCUUUAGAAAGCAAUAUUAGGCUUUUAUUGGUUGAUUAAAUUAUAA